AUGAGCGGCCCCAGUAGCGGCGAGGGCGGCGCGGGGGGGAGGAGGAGAAGAAGGAGGAGGAGAAGGAGGUCGCUGUCUUUGUAG